CACAGCUGCUACUGCUGCUACUCAACCUACUAAAACAACAACAACAACAACAAUCCGCUUGCUUGCUGGCAAGGCAGGUUUUGGCAGAGUUGGAAGCUGCCGACAACGUUACGACCAAAAGGCAAUCAUAUACACACACACAUAUAUAUAUACAUGUUAUACAGACAUAUACACUCGUAGACGCUUGUAGGAACACAUGCAUAUAUGUAUAUAAAUAUAUAUUUAUACACGCAGACGGCUUAGACAUAUAUAUAUAUAUAUAUAUGUAUAUAUAACACUUUUUAAAUUCUAUAAAAGAAGGCUGGCCGUGAAGGGGGUGUUGUAAAGUCGGUUAAUGUAUAUAUAUAGCAAAUGUUGCACUGAUUGCUACACACAUAUACAUACAUAUACAACACACACGUACAUACAAACACACACAUAAAUAUAUACAUAAAUAUAUACAUAAACAUAUAUACAUAUAUAUAUAUAUAUGCAUACACAGUUAUAGUUUGUACAGAGUAACUAAUAUAUAUACAUUAUAUUUAUAUAUACACAUAUACACAUACUAAUAUUUGUACACAUAUUUUAACACUAAACAGUCCUGUACACGCAUAACUAUAUAGAUACACUGAAACGCUACAAGUCUGUCGUAUACCCCCACCCAGCGAACCCUGACCCACAGACAUAACACUAAAAGAGGGGCUGUUUUAAAGAAGCAGCCCUGUUUGGUGUGAAAAGUUGCUGGAACCAAUCUAAGGGCUUCCCCCCUUCAGUUCCUUGCUAUACUCUCCACUGAAGAGGGAAUAUAUACACACCAUCUGUGUGUGUGUGUGUAUAUAUAAGCUGACUAGAAGAUUAUUUAAAGACAAAACAUGAGCAACCAAGGUGCUUCAAACUCUGCAAUUAAAGGAAUCCGGGUUUACAAAGUUGUCAUACUGGGCGAUGGCGGAGUCGGAAAAAGUGCCCUUGUCAUCCAGUUUGUUUGCCACAGAUUUUUAGAGUACCAUGACCCUACAAUAGAGGAUGCCUACCAACAACAAGCUCGCAUUGAUGGGGAGCCAGCUCAGCUGGACAUUCUGGACACUGCUGGACAGCCUGAAUUCACAGCCAUGCGUGAGCAGUACAUGAGGAAAGGCGAAGGUUUUAUCAUCUGUUAUUCCAUUACUGACCGAAGAAGUUUUGAAGAAGCCAUCACUUACAAGAAAUUGAUUGACCGGGUUCGAAAUCGUGAAGAUAUUCCUAUUGUAAUGGUUGGCAACAAGUGUGAUUUGGAAGAGAUGAGAAAGGUUUGGUGACAUUUCUUCCUCUUCACUUUCUCUCCACUAAUAUCUCACCUCUUUCUCUCUCUCUCUUUAUUCUUGUCUGUCUAUUUCUCAUUGUCAUUCCCUCUUGUGCUAUCUCUCUCUCUUUUAGGGUCUCCCUUUCUGUUUUUCUCUUUCAGUCUGUCUCUAUUUCUCUCUCUCUCUUUUAGGGUCUCCCUUUCUUUCUCUCUCUCAUUGCCUGUACCGUUCCCUUUCCUUCAGUUUAUCUGUCCUUAUU